GGCGCCUGGGUGGCGCAGUCGGUUAAGUGUCCGACUUCAGCCAGGUCACGAUCUCGCGGUCCGGGAGUUCGAGCCCCGCAUCGGGCUCUGGGCUGAUGGCUCAGAGCCUGGAGCCUGUUUCCGAUUCUGUGUCUCCCUCUCUCUCUGCCCCUCCCCCGUUCAUGCUCUGUCUCUCUCUGUCCCAAAAAUAAAUAAUAAAACGUUGAAAAAAAAAAAAAGAAUGGCAGGUAAGAGUUCACAAGAAAAACAGAUAAUGGCCAGGAACUGGCAAGGGGCAGGGCAGUCACUAGUAAUUGCUCAUGUUUAUGUACCCUUAGAUAAUUAGCACAAAUGAGGAAGAGGGAGCCAGGCUACAGAACUUGACCAGGAGAUAGCAGGUGCCUCUGAGGGCUUCCAGGUAGAAGAGAAGUGACUUACAAGCUGUUUGUGGUUGGUGUUUGGUAUAACUGAUGCAAGUAGGAAGCCUGAGUCUCUGCAGGAGAGUGGGAAAGGCAGUGGUGGUCUUCACUGUGUUGUGCUCGGGAGCGCAUGGGUUUCCAGAGAAGGUGAGAAAAUAAGUUGCUGAAAUCCAAAUACCAAAGCUGCCAAGAUCGUGAGGCUUUGGAAGACCUGGGACUGAAGGGAGGGCACUUUCCCAAGUUGGGAGAAUUAACCCAUCCCAGCUGCAGGCGUAUCUUGUUCUGUUGCACUUUGCAGAGGGUGGGGAUUUUUUGUUUUGUUUUUUACAAAUUGAAGGUACAGGAUCCCAGUGGAGGAAGUACGUGCAGAUGUGGGGGAGAUAGUAGCAGAGAACUAGACUUAGAAGUGGAACCUGAAGAUGGGACUGCAUUGGUGUAACCCCAUGAUCCAAGCUGAACAGAGGAGCUGCUGCUUACAGAGGAGCACAGAAAGUGGUUUCUUGAGACAGAUUCUCCUGGUGAAGGCGCUGUCAAGACUAGGAAUGACAAAGGAUUUAGAAUAUUACAGGGCGGAUCUCUGUAGCACGGCCAGUUAGCUCGUCCGGCUGUUAACCCAAAGGUUGACGGUUUGAGCCUACCCAAGGAUGUGAUAUUUGUGGUAGGAUGUUACAGGGGUGUCUGGCUGGAGUACCGGUUGGUGGAGCAGGUGACUCUUGAUCUCGGGAUUAUGAGUUCGAGCUCCAUGUUGGGUGUAAAGAUUACUUAAAAUUAAAAUCUUCAAAAAAAAAAAAAGAUUAUGAGAAUAUUACGGAAACAUAGUUGAUAAAGCAGUGGUUGAAUUUGAGAGGUUUGACUCUAAUUUUUAAAAUUCUGUGGGUAAAGUGCUAUCAAAGAGCAUCACACACUACUGAGAAAUCAUUCAUGGAAGGAAGAGCUAAUCGAUGCGGCAAACUUCAUUGUCUUAUUUUAAGAAAUUGCCAUGCCACAGCCACCCCCACCCUUUAGCAGUCACCAACCUGAUCAGUCAGCAGUGAUCACCAUCAAGGCCAGGUCCUGUACCAGCAAAAAGAUUACAGCUUGCAGGGGGCCUAGCUGGCUCAGUAGGUGCAGCACUGGCUCUUGAUCUCAGGGUCCCUGAGUCUCAGGACUCAGGGUCCUGAGUUCAAGCCCCACGUUGGGUGUAGAGCUUACUUAAGGAAAAAAAAAAUUACCAUUCGCUAAAAAGCUCAGAUGAUUGUUAGCAUUUUUUUAGCAAUAUCUUAACUUUGUUUUAAGUUUUACUUAUUUAUUUUAAGAGAGAAUCCCAAGUAGGCUCCACGCUGUCAGCACAGAGCCGGAGACAGAGCUAGAUCUCAUGAACUCUGAGAUCAUGACCUGAGCUGAAAUCAAGAGUCAGAUGCUUGACCAACUGAGCCACACUGGUGCCCCAGGAAUAUUUUAAAUUUAAGGUAUGGACAUGAUUUUUUUAGACAUUUGCACACUUAAUAGACGAUAGCAUAGUGUAAACAUAACUUUUACGGGCACUGGGAAACAAAAAUUCAUUUGAUUUGCCUCAUUGCGAUACUUUAUUGCAGUGGUCUGGAUCUGAACCAGCAAUAUGUCUGUUCGUACCAAAGAAGAUAGCUAUCUCCAUCCUGGACAUAGGAAGUUAGCUAGACCUGACCUUUUCUGAAUUGAGCCUCAGCUCAGAUCCACUUGUAAUUGAUGAUCAGAGACACUAGGAGAAUCAGGGUAGCAAACACUUACUGGCUGCUCUGUGCUGGGUGUAACACUAGAUGCAUUGCAUUCAUUAAGUCAUUUUCUGUUCACAACAACCCCUUGGUAAUGCCUCAUUUAAGAUGAACUGAGGUUUAGGUUGACAUUUGCUCAAGGCCCACGGUGACGUGCACGUGCUGGCAUUACAAUGGCUCUGUCUGACCCCAGAGCCACUCUGCAGUGGUUCACACACCCUCACAACGCUGCCCCUCUGGACUUCUGUUAGGUAAGAACAGACAGAGGCCUUGAUGUGGUAUAGGAUCCAUUUCCCACAGAAAAACCACCUGCUCGUGGACUGGAUACUCCUCCCUUCUAAGAAGCGGUGACAUUCCAAGAUGUGAUGAUGAUGAGUGUCAGGUUCUGUGCUUGGGACCAACUGUGAGACUAAGCUUACAGAGGGAGGCCGCAUUAAUAGAAACCUAGUAUCUCGAACAUGCAGAUCAAAACCUGCUCUAUUCUACCUAUCCAAAGUUAUAGAUUGGUUGCUAGAUGGCUUGCUAAAAGAGGGAGGUCCCCUUAACAAAAAAUAGAGUGGAAGAAUCAAAUACGUGAAAGGCUUGCACACAUGGAAGAUGUGCAACAGUAUGUGACUUAGUGGGGCACACUGAGACCCCUGGUGGAGGCCACAGGAGACGGAAGCCAGCAUGGCACAUGGAUAAGUCUGCCCCACCACUGUCUCAGGAGAUGGAAAAUUCACUGGGACUCUACAAGGAUCACCACUGCUAACGUUUCGAGGACACUUGCUCUGUGCCAGAUCCUGUGCCAAAUGGAUUACAAAAAGUAUCUCAAAUAAUGCUCACCCUGGAAAGUACUUUCUUUUAUUUCUUAAAAAUUUUUAAUUUUUUUUUCAAUAUUUAUUUUGAGAGAGAGAAAGAGAAAGCACGAGCUGGGGAGGGGCAGAGAGAGAGGGAGACACAGAAUCCAAAACAGGCUCCAGGCUGUGAGCUGUCCGCACAGAGCCCAAUGUGGGGCUUGAACUCACAAACUGAGAUCAUGACCUGAGCCAAAGUCAGAUGUUCAACCGACUGAGCCACCCAGGUGCCCCAUUUUUUUUUAAUGUUUAUUUAUUUUUGAGAGAAAGAGUGAGUGGGGGAGGGGCAGAGAGAGAGAGACACAGACUCCGAAGCAGGCCCCAGGCUCCGAGCUGUCAGCACAAAGCCCGACGUGGGACUUGAACUCAUGGACCACGAGAUCAUAACCUGAGCCAAAGUCAGACGCUUAACCAACUCAACCACCCAGGCACCCUUCAAAAGUAGUUCCUUUUAACGUUGCCAUGUUUUUCGGUGAGGAGACUGUGGGUUUUGAGAGAUGGCUUGCCCAAGACUGAUCCACAGACUCUUUACUUCAUGGCACCUCUCCAGCACAGGCUAGAGAGCCACACGGGGCGGGGACAGGGGGAGUUGAGGAAGGGAUUCUAGGAUCAGAAGGGAAACUCUAUCAGAUGACUUUGAAGGACCCCCUUCCUGAGAGCAACUGAUUUUUUCCUAAGGCAGAAUUCCUGUCACCUGCUCCAACAGGUCAGAGCCAGGCAGAGGCUGGGGUGACUAGUAGGAGGUGAACAGAGCCAUAUUCCAACCCCAGUUUCCUGCCCCUGCCUUUCUGUGACUCCUUAGAAUCAGGCUUAGGAACCUCCAUCUCCCCCUCCCCCCCUCCCCCCCCCAACCACCACCCUUCAAAGAGCAGAAAAAGGAAAUGAGCAGACUUGACAGUGCGGAGCUGUGGCCACAGGGUGGCAGCAGUGCCUCACUGCAGAGGAUGGCUCCAGAAGCCCAGGUGAGGUGGGUCCUAAGCAGCGCUCUCUAGUGUGAAGACAGGAUCAGUCUACAGAGAUUUGAAGCAAUCCCCACUGUGUGGGCUCUGAAACCUUGUAGUCUCCUUCUGUAUCCCACUUUUCUGUCCACAAGCAAAUCUCAGAAUAGUGAUCCCAUUUUCAACCCUCCCAAGAGCCAUGUAGGCAAGGGUGUGAAUGGUCUGGAUGACCCCAGCUGCAGCCACAGUCACGGCAAGGAUCAGGCUCCUGAAUUAGUCAUUCUGGCUAAUUCUAACCCUGGCUCUUAGUUCCUCCCUCUGUCCCGGGACAUAAUGCCUAGCCCUUCUUUAGAAGACUUCCUCUAUGCUUUUAUUCUCUAAGGAAGGAAAGAGGAGGUGAUCAAUUGGCGCUCUCCAACCUAUUGAGAAAUCGGGGGUUCUUGAAGGCCCCCCAGGGCCUGGCUCUGACAACACAUCUGCAAUUAAUGAUGCUUCUUGAGCUCUGGAGACAGGAUUUAUGCAUCUAAUAAAGUCUCUAACUCCAGGCUUAGGGGUUGGGGGCCGGAGGCUGGGAGCAGGAAGUCCCGGGGGUGCCAUGGGAGGGGGUCCCAGGCGGCUCCUAAUGGAGCCGUGCGUUUCCAUUGCCUGCUCUAGAUCCCCCCUCAGGCUGCUGUGGGGUGGGGGCCGGAGCACAGCAGGUAUAAGAGGCGGGUAUAGCCGCAGGAGGGCAGAUGGCAGGAUGGAUUCCAGGCGGGCAGCGGUGCUGCUGCUGGUGCUGCUGCUAACAGACUGGGGCUGUGCUGAAGGACCAGGGGGCCAAGACGAAGGACGGCAGACCUUCGUGGAGGAAGACAGCAGGCCCUGCCCGCUGCAGGAGGCCCAGACCCCUGGGUCAUUCCUGCACUCCCUGCUCCAGGCCAUGCAGAGACCCGGCCGAAGCUCAGCCUUUCGGUUUCAGCCCCAGAGGUUUGGCAGAAACACCCGGGGCUCCUGGAGCAGCGAGCAGUUGGGUCCCCGUGCCGGGGAGGAGCUCAGCGCCCCGUUCUGGAGCCUGGCUGCCCCUCAGCGCUUUGGGAAGAAGUGACACAUCAUCCCUUGAUAUGUUUGCGUGCAAGGCUCACAACUGAAAGUGCCGCAUCUCCCUUACCCCCCCCCACUCCCCCCCGCACCCCGCAAAUAAAGCUGUCCAGCUUCUGAA